ACACUGUCCCCUCCCUACGGGACCCAGGGCUGGCCCUGCACUCACCCACACAUUUUCCCAGGAUCGUGUUUUGUAUAUUCCUUGUUUCUGAUCCAUCCUGGAGACACGGGGACUCCUCUGCCUUCUCACCAUUCUUCCAGUUGCUUCUACCCUCCAUAUCUUGAAUCACUGCAAAGUUAGAAGAGGCACCUCCCUGACCGGGACAAGCCCCCUCUUGAACAUGAGGCAUCGCUAGGGGUGAAAUAAAAACCCUCUUUGAGUCGGAUUUAACAGGAGCACCGUGUCAGACUGUAGAGAAUACGCAGAGAACAGUCCAGAGAGGGACUGGGAACUCACUUAUCCCAGCAUUAGGUGCCUUCAUCGUCCCUCCUGGUAAUGGUGGCACGGCAAAUGGAGGCGGGUCCCGUAACGGGACGCGUGAUCAGCGGUGACCAAUGAGAGGGCAGAAAAGCAGCCAAUCGGAGCGAGGCAGAGAUCACACCAUGGGGAACACGCAUGCCCCGCGCGGGACUUCACCUCCCAGCGUCCCCCGCGGCCCUCCCCGCGCGAGGUGGGCGUGGCCUCCGCCAUCUUGGCGCGGUCCCUCAGCGGCGCGAGGGAGGGAGGGGGGGCACGUCCGGCGGCUCUUAAAGGGGGCACGGCCCGGGGUGGGGCCCCCUCGGCGCGGGAUGGAGCGCGGAGCGGCGGAGGAGCCCCCGGCGCGGGGGGGUCGCCCCCGAGCCCCCGAGGUUGUCCGGCGGCAGCGGCGGCGGGAGUUGGACGCGCGGCGGAGCCGCUGCCGGAUCCGCAUCGGGGGGCACCUGGAGCGCUGGUGCCGCCUCAAGGAGCAGCUCGGCUUCGCCCUGCACUCCCAGCUCGCCCAGUUCCUGCUCGACAGGUACAGCGACCCCGGCGGCACCCGGAGCUCAGGGGACCCGGGGGAUCCUGGCCACCUCCACGCGGCCUCCCUGCAGCGCCUGGUGCUGCUGUCCCACGGGCACGGGCAGGAGUGCGGCUUCGUGCCCGACGUGCGGCCGCGGGCGCCGGGCAGCGCCGAGCCCCUGGUCUGGGAGUGCGUGGCCGGGCACCGCUUCUCCUGGGGGGGGCCCGGGGGGGCCGGGACACCCCCACGAGCACCCCCGGGAGCCCCCCCGGGGCCGGGAGACCCCGAGGAGGAGGAGGGCACAGCCCCCCAGGUGCCCCCCGAGCCGUCCCCCGUGGCAGCAGCGGGCGGGAGCUCCAGCCCCGGGAAGGAGCCCGGGAAGGAGCCCCGGGAGCAGCAGGAGCAGCAGGAGCAGGAGGAGGAGGAGGAGGAGGAGGAGGAGGAGGAAGGUGACCUGACCUACAGCGAUGACCUGAGGGACCAGAGCUACCACCCGGGCAGUGACCCCGAGCCCCCGUCCCGGCCGAGCCGCCCCCGGGCCCGCGGGAAGGAGAAGGAGAAGCCCCCCCAGGAGCCCCCCCAGGAGGAGGAGCAGGAACAGCCCCCCCUGGAGCCCCCCCGGGACCCCCCCGAGGAGAGGAGCGGCCGGGGCUGCCGGAGGAGGACGCAGGGGAAGGACGAGGAGGAGGCUCAGAUCGGCCCCAAAAGGAUCAGGAAGGCGGCGAAGCGCGAGAUCCUCCUCUGCGACUUCGAGGGCUGCGGGAAAAUCUUCUCCAACCGCCAGUACCUGAACCACCACCAGAAGUACCAGCACGUGCACCAGAAAACCUUCACCUGCCCCGAGCCCUCCUGCGGGAAAUCCUUCAACUUCAAGAAGCACCUCAAGGAGCACCAGAAGCUGCACAGCGACCAGCGGGAUUUCAUCUGCGAGUUCUGCGCCCGCUCCUUCCGCACCAGCAGCAACCUCCUCAUCCACCGGCGCAUCCACACCGGGGAGAAGCCCCUCCAGUGUGAGAUCUGCGGGUUCACGUGCCGCCAGAAGGCCUCCCUGAACUGGCACAUGCGCAAACACGACGCCGACUCCUCGUACCAGUUCCCCUGCGACGUGUGCGGGAAGAGGUUCGAGAAGAGGGACAACGUCACCGCCCACAAGAGCAAGAGCCACCCCGGGGGGGCCCCCAAAGGGACCCCAAAGGCGUUUGGGGGCGGGGGCGUCGGGCAGGACCCGGACACGCCCCGGGGGGGGUCGUAGGGGGGCUCAUCCCUUGGUUUGGGGGGGAUGGAGGGGCCAGAGGGGACCCCGGGGGCCAAAAACGCAGCAAGGGGGGGAAUUCCCGGCUUUUCCGCCAAAUCCUGGGGCCAAUCCCGGCUUUUCAGCCAAAUCCCGGGUGAAAUCCCGAUUUUUCCAUCAAGCCCUGGGGCAAAUAUCCCAGUUUUCCUGCCAGAUCCUGGGUGAAAUCCCAGUUUUUUAGCCAAAUCUCGGGUGAAACCCCCAAUUUUCCAUCAAGCCCUGGGGCAAAUAUCCCAGUUUUCCUGCCAAAUCCCGGGUGAAAUCCCGAUUUUCCCACCGAGCCCUGGGUCAAAUCCCGGCUUUUCAGCCAAAUCUGGGGUGAAAUCCCCAAUUUUCCCACCAAUCCCACUUUUUCCUGCCAAAUCCUGCCACGAGUGGAGCCCGAGGGUGCCAAAACCCCCUAAAUAAAGACUUAUUUUGGGUAAAAAAAA